AUGAUAGCUGGGUCCGUUGCGGGGACAAUCGAACACACGGCGAUGCACCCCGUUGACACCAUCAAGACGAGGAUGCAGGCGAUACAUCCUCCAGGCCACGCAGGAUCUUCGUUGCGGGAGGUUCUCCGUACUGUCGUACAAAAGGACGGAGUACGGGGGCUGUACCGCGGGGUGGGAGCGGUGGCGGCGGGAGCCGGACCUGCACACGCGCUUCAUUUCGCCAUCUACGAGUGGGCCAAGCAGUCCCUGGGCGGUCACCGCGAGGGGCUGCACCCGCUGGAGACGGCGGCAGCGGGCUGCGUGGCCACCGUGGUGAACGACGCGCUCAUGACGCCGGUGGACUCGGUGAAGCAGCGGUGCCAGUUGGAGGGGUCGCCGUACCGUGGCGUACUGGACGCCGCACGGCAGAUGUUACGACACGAGGGGAUAGGCGCUUUUUUUAAGUCGUACCGUACGACGCUCGUCAUGAACGUACCAUUUACCGCGAUGCAUUUCUCGGUGUACGAGACGGCCAAGAGGCUCGCUUGUCACGGUAUGUAUCUGGACGACGAGACGUUGCGGGUGCAGCUGGUGGCCGGCGGGCUGGCGGGGGGCUGCGCGGCGGCGGUUACCAACCCGCUCGACGUGGUGAAGACACGGCUGCAAACCAGCGGGGCCACAGACCCCGCCAAGUACGAACAAACGGCCGUGCUGCCCACGCUUCGUCAGAUAGUCCGAGAGGAGGGCUUGCAGGCGCUGUGGCAGGGUAUCAAGCCGCGAGUGCUAUUCCACGUGCCGGCGGCGGCUGUGUGCUGGGGAACGUACGAGAGCAUGAAGACCCUGUUACGAGGGCAGUGA